UGCAUGAUGUGCAUAAUGGAGAGGCACACCAUUGCAACAUUCAGCUCCAAGGGCAAGGUCAUCAAGCCCUUGGAAAUCGUCCAAAACCUCAAACGGAUCGUCAAACACCUGCAGUUUGGCAAACAGGAGGACGUGCAUGAGUUCUUCUGCUACAUCAUAGAAGCUCUGCACCUCUCCUGCCCAAUCAACCACGACAAGCUGGAAGAACAUAUGGAGAAGACCUCGGUGAUUCACCAGAUCUUCACAGGGCAGCUGAGAUCGACAGUGGAGUGCACACAGUGCUCCUGCACCUCUGACACAUUCGAAAACUGCCUGGACAUCAGUCUUCACAUCAACAAUUCGCCAGAUCUGCUGGCAGCUUUUGCAGAUUUCACCAAGACAGAGACACUGGAUGAAUACACUUGCCAAAGGUGCUGUUGCAAGGUGAAGGCCACGAAGAGGAUGAGCCUUCACCAUCUCCCGAACGUCUUGGCCCUCUCCAUCAAGAGAUAUGACCUGUUUGGAAACAAGAUCAAUCGGGAUUGCCCGUACCCACAGCACCUGGACGUGCGGCCAUUCAUGUCACAGCAGGAGGACGCAGACCCUGUAGUGUACAGGUUAUACUCGGUCCUUGUGCACUCUGGGAAAUCCAGCACAGAGGGACAUUACUACUGUUACAACAAGAUCUGCGAUGGGAGAUGGUUCCGGAUGGACGACGACUUGGUGACGCCGGUCGACACCAGGGUGGUCAUGGAGAAACAGGCAUACAUCCUCUUCUACGUCCGGUCCCCAGAGAUGAAGGCCAUACCCGUGUGCAGUCAAAUCAACGGCGGCCAUGGGAAAUGGCAUUAAAAGAGGC